AUGAGUCCAGGUUGCUAUUUGUUUGGUAGUUCCCGGUUUAAAUAUCUAAAUUGGGACUUUUUAGAUUCGAUUCAAGAGCAAAUGAACUUCCCGACAAAAUGGCGCAAGUGGAUUCAGGCAAUCCUAGCUUUGGCUAGAUCCUCGGUGUUGAUAAACGGUUCCCCUUCGUUUGAAUUCCAAUUUUCUCGCGGUCUUAGACCGGGUGAUCCUAUCUCUCCUUUCCUAUUCCUCAUAGGAAUGGAGGCUUUUUCUAUAAUUAUGGAAAAGGCUGCGGACGAAGGUAUUUUCCAAGGCAUAAAACUACCAAAUAAAGGCCCCUCGAUUAUGCAUUUAUUGUUCGUGGAUGACGCGCUUUUGGUAGGGGAAUGGGAAAAGGAGAGCGUGUUAAAUAUGGCCAAAUCGAGUCUUUUUGGGAUUGGUGUUUCGGAAGAGGAGGUUAAGAAGAUGGCUAAAGAUAUUGGAUGUCAAAAUGGGAAACUCCCAUGUGUUUACCUUGGCCUAAUGAUAAGAGCUAAUAUGAACAACAGUGCGCAUUGGAAAUCGGUCUUGCAAGUCUUCGACAAAAGACAAGCGAUAUGGAAAAAAUCUAUAUUGUUGGAAGGAGGUCACCUCACUUUAAUCAAGGCGGUUAUGGAAGCGAUACCUACGUACUACUUCUCUCUUUAUAAAGCUCCAACCAAAAUUAUAAAUCAACUAGAGGCAAAAAGGCGUAAUUUUUUUUAG